AGUCGGAUGUUCAUCCACUAUUGGAACUGUUCUCGGGUUGGCUUCAGAAUGGCGGAGAGGGCAACCGGAAUGACGCAUGCCAGGGAGACAUCAGGUUCGCCCUUCAGUUUUAACUUCGCAUAGGGGAAAGCUUGACAGCCUCCUUUCUCGCUCCGUUGAUGGUGUUCGAUGCUGCUGCUUUUCGCUAUGGUUCUCAGAAGCCUCUUGAUCUGCAUUUAGCAUGAACCAUCGUCUAAUCUUGACUUCGGGUUUUGGUAAACUGGCCUACACACAGAGACAGAAUUGAUGUGUUCUCUAGCAGAUUCUCUCUUCCAACUGGCCAUUCCAUCGUUUCCAAUCCUCUCAACAUUUCCACGGUGGACUUAAUUGCACCUUGCCUUCGGUUUUCUGACAGGAGUGUAACCGCAUCUAGGUCCAAUAAUUUGUCUCAUUACAAUGAAGAUUCACGAGUUACCGAGCCAGGAUGUUGAAACUCCUACAGAUGAGAUACUCCACACAGCUGAAGAAGUUAUGCAUGACAUCGAAGCAGCGUCUCCAUCAUCGUUAAGCUCUGAGAAUGUGCAAAAGCUACGGAAAUGUCUCGAGAAUCUUUCAGCUGAAUUUUCGGAGGAACAGAGGAUCCUGGCUUGGCGACUGAGUUACCGUUUGUGGAAUUGUAGCGUCGACAUAGUGAACAAUCUUGAGGGUGAUCAGGAACUUAGCGAAGACCUAGCAGAACUUCGUCAGGUUGCAUGUGACCUGUUAGCUACUGCAGGUGCCGUAGGAAACGCUCACUCCAGUUUCGUGAGGAUUGCAAUGUUCUUUUCCAAGACUGGAUGUGCAUGGCACAGAAUUAGGAAGUUCUUAAGAGCAUCGGUGUGUUUUGAGAAGGCUUUUGAGCUAUGCUUCAAGCAAGAGGAGAGAAACUCGUCCCAAUCUUCUGACACGAGAGAACAGAUUAAUUUCUUCUUUGAAUUGUUUUUAUCACGAGCAAAGACCGUUUGGGAGCUUGGUGGACACACACUUGCUUGUAGUCUGCUGGGAAGAGCCCGAGGUUUACUUCCCACGAUUCCUGUCAACCGCCAUGCAGAAUUGGCUGAGCAAUAUUUACAGUUCGGGAAGUCUCUUCUGCUGAAGGAUGACACCGAUUCACAGUCCGAGUCCAUUCGGUACAUGGAGGCCGGUUUAGACAUAUGCUCGGAGGCUCUUUCGGACUGCCAUGAAUACCAUGAUGCUGAUAAGACAAACUUGGAGAGGCUGAAACAACGAAUCCUGCGUAACCUGGCAGCUGGCCAGUUGCAGAACGAGAACUAUGAGAGUGCACUGCGAUGUGUUGAUGCUCUGAGGCAAACAUCGGAUCAUUCGAGUACAUCGUAUUUCGCAAUUAGAGCUUUAGCAAAAUUAGGAAGACAAGAUGAGGUUGAGCGUGAGCUCUUCACGCUCGUUGGUCAUGCCAGGGACCGGGUUGAUGUCUGUGUCUCAGCACUCGACAUAGUCAUUGAAGAGUGUGAUAAAUUUGAAGCUGUUGAGAAGGCAUUUUUCAUUCUCUUGGAGCACUUUGGUCCAAACAGAGGGCAGCUCCCAGCAAAAGUACUUGAGAAACUUCUGAGGCAGGAUCCAGCUGCAGACACGAGUUGCAUUAAGCGAGUGGAACUGGCUUUGAAAAUCGCCUGUGAACAGAAGAUUCUGACGGCUGUCGUGGCAGAAAUUGAAGGUCUAGAAUUGAAAGAUAGACGAAGGCAAAUCGCACAAAAGCAGCAACAAUUCAUUCACGCGCUUCUGUGGACCAGAUAUAGGACAGUUGAAAUGUUUCAGCAAGUGUGUUCAAUUUCCGUGAUGUGUGGGGUGAAAUGCUUGGAACAACCAGUUGCGUCUAAUAGGGCUAGGUACCUACCUCGCCAAGAACAUAUGCUCGUUGUGAUCUCUGGCUCGAUUAGACGACGUCCCACUCACAGACGGUCUGGCAGUGGCUCAGAACAUUUUAAAGCAAAGAUGUACAAAACAAGCAUUCGACUUUUUGAGGCUUCCAUGCUGUAUAUUGUCCGCGACGGCGAAGGUUCAAUGCUCGAGGCCAAGUCACUCCGCGUUCUCUGUCUUUGCCACAUGGCUCUAUCUCAAUUCGAACGAGCUGCAGAGGUUAUUGAUAAGGCAGAGAAGAUCGAUCCAAGUAUUGCCAGCAUAUUUCUCAAGUUAAAAAUAGGAUUGCAAACGAGAAAUGAAGCAGAGGCUUGCAAGGAAGUGGAGAGGAUGCUGAAAUGCACCGACUUUGAACCCGAGUUCUUGAAUCUUGCUUGCCACGAGGCCAUAGCUUGCAAAACAAUCACAGUUGCAGUUGCUGCACUAAGCAACAUGCUGAGCUUAUACUCUUCGGACAGGGUCAUGGUCACGGAAGAGGUUGUUGUGCUCAGAAACCUAAUCCUGCUUCUGAUCCAGGGAAAAACCAAGCGCUCUGACAUACUAUGGCACUUCAAGUACGCCAAUAAACGGCUGCAAGAACUAGGAUAUGAAAAGUUCUUUGGUACUGGGAGCAGCGGGGAACGAGAAGCAAAAUGGUAUUCAGGAGCAUCUUGGAAUCAGGCUAUGGAAUGUGGAAAAGAACAGGAUUGGAAGUCUUGUUUCGAAUUUUACGCAAUAUCCUCAAACUUUUACUGUGUACUACCCCCGACCCCCGGUAGUCUCCGGUCCGUCCAAACAGCUUUGCUUCUCUGCGUAUCGGCUCUGUUAACAACGGAUGACGUGAACGAGACCGAAGUUAUACACAUUGCAACAACCUACUUGGAUAAAUGUCAGGAGGUAUGUUUUAUCACGCAUCGAAAGCUACUCCUUUACGUGCACAAGAAACUUGUGGCCAUCGACGACUCUGGGAGCAAAACCGACGGAAGCUUUGGUAUAUACCUGCAUCUACUACAAUUCGAACUCAAAGGAAGGGCAAAAGAAGAUGCAGAACAACUGAAAAUUUUAAAACAAUGCAGCAACAUGCCAGGGUUCACAGCUGAACAUUUUUUCAAAAUGGGCCUUGAGGCUUCAAGGAGAAAAGAACCUAGUAUGGAGGUUGCGUCGGCCGCAUUUCGCAUGUGCCUGACCUUAACACUUAGCGCUCCUAAUGCAGAUUACAAAAUUGUUGCUGCGUUAGUGAGAAAGAUGAUCAACCUCGCAAAUGCUCGCUGCAAAGAUGGCCCAGAGGUACUGGACCUCUACAAACAAGCACAACAAAUCCUUUUAGGAUUGGGUAACAAUUUGUACCCACAAGACGAAGCUCAGUGGUUGGUAUCUACUGCCUGGAAUAGAGCAGCCCUUUAUCUUAAGUUGCUGAAAUACGACAAGGCUGAAAUAUGGAUGGGAGUAGCUCUAGAGCUGCUUAAGCACGUGCCUACUAUGGAGAUUCACAGACCUUCUAUGAUGGAGAGCUUAACCGAGCUCUUGCAGCAAAAAGCUUCCACACAGAAGGCAAUGUAG